AUGGUCUUGAAGUGCCUCUUCUGCUCCCAGGACACCUACAUCUGGAAGUAUGGCAUGUCCGAGCACGUCACAAGAUGCCACCGGGAGGACAUACUUGUGGCGGCGGGUACGACGGUAGAUAGGUUCAAGGAAGCCUACACUAUCUCGGAGAGCGAGAAGGCCAAGGUACUCCAAAAAUUUAAAGCCGGGAGGCCUCGCCGACGUGGUCAAGGAAACGAAGCCCUCCCCACUGGCGCACUUGGGAGCACGGAAGGGAACGGCACUUUCGGCCGUAACAUGUCCGGCACCCGGUCCUUGGAGGACAUGGGCGAGGAGGAAGAGGAAGAGGAGGAGGACGAGGAACAAGACGACGACGACGACGACGACGACGACGACGACGACGAAGAUGAAGACGACGACGGCGACGGCGACGACGAAGACGACGACGACGAAGACGAAGAGGAGGAAGAAGUAGAAGAGGAAGAAAGGCGGGCAGGGGGGGUGGAAGGCCAAAGCAAGAAGCGACCGGCUCGCAGAAAACGUAGCGAGAUACCGCGCGAGAACUCGGAAGUAGGGGUCCGCGUGAGUAAGCGGGGUAGAGUGAUCAAGAAAAACGUAACCCUACAAGACCAAGGCUACUCGUAGAUUUGCAUGACUAUGUUCUCUGUUGUGCAGUGCUAGAUGCGGCAAUGGCAAGUUUGCAAGGCAAGUGGUUCGAUGUAUGGUUCUUGGCUGAGCUGUUCCGCUCAUUUCGAGCUUUGGUCGAUACUGUAUACUUUCGUAGAUACGAGACUAUCGUACGUGUGUGUGUUCCUCUAGCACGGCUGGGUGAGCAUGGGCGACCAUCGAUGACGAGCAGAUGCGGAAGGGGUAACGACACACUGUUCCGCUCAUUUCGAGCUUUGGUCGAUACUGUAUACUUUCGUAGAUACGAGACUAUCGUACGUGUGUGUGUUCCUCUAGCACGGCUGGGUGAGCAUGGGCGACCAUCGAUGACGAGCAGAUGCGGAAGGGGUAACGACAGCGAGGCAUGUUUUCCAUCCAUCU